AUGUUGAGGGAGGUAGUUCCGAAGAGGACCAAAAUGUGGUGGCAUUAUCCGGCUCUGCGCACUCUCAACCUGCUACUGAUCUGCGCUAUAGUAACAGAUGUAACUAACGGCUAUGAUGGAUCUAUGUUAAACGGACUACAAAUCAUUGAAAGUUGGCAAGAGUACUUUAACAAACCCACUGGUUCUAUUCUUGGCGUUAUCAGCAACGGAACUCGAUUUGGACAAGUAGGGUCUCUCUUUGUUUCUGCAACACUUAUCCAAAGAUUCGGACGACGAAAACCUAUCGCCAUUGGCUCACUCAUUCUACUGGUUGGAGUGAUUUUGCAAACCGCAGCGGUGAAUACGGCAAUGUUUGUUGUUGGACGUGUAUUCAUUGGUUUUGGUAACGGUAUUCAAGCGACGGCAUGUCCUAUUCUUGUGGCUGAGCUGGCUUAUCCAACCCAACGUACGCAAAUCACGGGCAUUAUGAACAGUACUGGAUCAUUGGGGUCACUGUUGGCUGCGACAAUCACAUUUGGUACAUCUUAUCUAGGCGCAUCUACCUGGAGCUGGCGCCUACCUAGUUUGCUACAGGCAAUGUCUUCUAUUCUCCAAUUGAUCAUGAGUUUCUACGUACCGGAAUCGCCACGAUGGCUGGUAUACAACAAUCGCAGAGAGGAAGCAUGGCAAAUUUUGGCUAAAUAUCAUGCUGAAGGAGAUGAAGACUCGGAAUUGCUUAAAUUUGAGAUGGAAGAAAUUGAUGCCGCAAUCGCACGGGAGAAGUCUCAGUCGCUUACUUCUUGGAUGGAAUGGUUCCGCACACCGGGUAAUCGACAUAGAUUCUUCAUUGUGCUCACCAUAGGGUUUUUGAUCCAAUGGUGUGGGAAUGCUUUGAUAUCGUACUAUCUCGGAAUUCUUCUCAAAACAAUCGGUAUCACAGAUCAAAAAAGUCAACUUAUCAUCAACGUGGGCAUCAAUAUCAACGGCAUGGUUUGGGGAAAUUUCUUUUCCUUGUGGAUUGAACGUGUUGGCCGCCGUCCUAUGUUCUUCAUGGGCUUAUCAGGCAUGUUCUGUGCUUUCCUCAUUCUUACAGUUGUGACGGGCAUCAAUCAGAGCACAGGUUUCCACAACACAUCAGCUUCACAAGCUUCACUUGCCAUGAUCUUCGUAUUUGGAGCCUUUUACAAGAUGGCUGGACCGGUAUGCCCCAGUUACGUUGCGGAAGUUAGCCCUUAUGAUUUGCGCGCUAAGGCUUUCGUCAUAAAUGGAUUCGCUGACGCUGCUGCUAAUGUGUUCAACGGUUUUACUAAUCCAAUCGGAAUGGUCGCACUCGGGUGGAAGUACUAUAUCGUUUGGUGUUGUGUACUGGUCAGUAAUUUCUUUCUUGUGUACUUCUUCUAUCCGGAAACCAAAGGCCUUUCUCUGGAAGAAGUAGCCAUUAAGUUCGAUAAAGAUCAAGCCGACAUUUUUGAAAGCGAACCUGGUCAAGCGGAAGCUGUUGAUGCUCCACUGGAAGUUGGAGAAGAAAAAUGA